AUGACUUGGCUCUCUUUGUUUGGUGAUUGUUCGCAGGUUGUGCUUACUAGCAAUGUGUCAGAUCAUGCGCCUCUGUUGGUGGUGUCUGACUCUAUACCUAGGCUGCCAAAUGCCCCCUUUCGGUUGCAGCGUUUAUGGUUGGAGCACCACAAUUUUCUCUCAGUAGUGGAGGGGUCCUGGAAGGAGAGGUUGUGUAGCUCGCCCCCGUAUAUCCUGGCACAGAAGCUGAAGAGACUUAAGCCCACCUUGCGAGCUUGGGCGAAGGAAAAUUAUCCAAAUUUGGAGGUGCAACUCUCCUCUACUAAGAAUGCAUUGGAGGCAGUGCAGGUCGAGAUUGACUGCUCAGGGAUGACUGAUCAAUUGUUUGAGCAUGAGGUAGAGGCGAAAAAGGCCCAUGCCAUGGCAACUAAACACUUUGAAAAAUUAUGGGCUGAAAAAUCCAGGGUGAAAAGGAAACUUCUUGGCGACAGAUGCAGUAAGUUCUUUCAUCUUUCUACUAAAUUGAGAAGGGCGAGAAAUACCAUUCGCACUCUGAUAAAAGAAGAUGGGAACAUCCUUGUAGACCAAGACCAGAUAAAACAAUAUGUGGAGGAGUAUUUUGAGAAUUUUCAUAAGGCUGUGGAGGUUACUAAACAUGAGGAACUUCUCAACUGUAUCCCUCGGGUCUUGGAGGACAUAGACAUUUUUAGACUGGACUCGGUUCCAGGGGACUCUGAAAUUAGAGCGGCGGUCUGGGACUUGGAUCCAGACAGUGCUCCGGGGCUGAACGAUUUCCCUGGGGCUUUCUUCAGAGCUUGUUGGGAGGUGGUGGGGUCGGAUGUUUGCAAUGCAGCGAGGUACUUCUUUUUUUCUGGCCGCAUUCCCCUUGGAAUCAACAACUGCUUUCUUGCGCUUAUUCCUAAAACGGAAGGUGCUACCUCUUUCAAUAAGUUUAGGCCCCUCUGCAUGGGAAAUUUUUUCUAUAAAAUGCUGUCCAAGGUAAUGGCCCGUCGGCUCGAACUGGUCCUCCCCAGGCUUAUUUCGCAGGAACAGGGUGCUUUUCAAAAAGGGAAGUUCAUCCAAGAUAACAUUUCCCUAGCUUCGGAGCUUGCUAACAUGUUGUCGUCGGCCACAAGAGGAGGAGGGUUGGGGUUGAAAAUUGACAUUCAAAAGGCCUAUGAUACAAUUUUGUGGGCUUUCAUCUUUAAAGUCCUUAAAUUUGGCUUUUCAGAGAGGGGUUUGACGUCGCUGCUCAAUGGCAGGAAAAUCCUCCCUCUUAGGGGUCCGCGGGGUGUUCAAACCCCUGGCCAUUGCUUGUUUGCGGAUGAUAUCUUUAUAUUCACCAACGCGUCUCUGAGGCGUCAAGCCAUUUUGGAGGAGCUCCAGAUUUCGGUCUGUAGAUUCACUACUAGGUACCUUGGGGUAGAGAUUGCUAAAGGCUAUGUGAAAAAAAAUAUGCUUCCGCCUGUCCUGGAUAGAGUCAGACAUAAGCUUGCAGGGUGGAAGGGGAAACUUUUAUCUAUGGCGGGUCGUGUGGAAUUGGUAAAGACCAUGGUGUCCAGCAUGCCCAUUCACAGUUUCUCGGUGUACUGGUGGCCUCCUCCAUGCUCGCCACCCUAG